GGGCCCGCGUUGCGCUCUGCCGCGUGCAUGGGCCAGUGUCUGUCUGUGAACUGUAUUUCAAGAAUCUCUCAAAACAGAAGCAAAAGGAAGUCAUGGAGAAGAAUGGGAGCCACCACAAACUCCGUGUUUGUGUGGCCACAUGCAAUCGGGCUGAUUACUCCAAACUGGCUCCCAUUAUGUUUGGGAUUAAGGCGGAACCGCAGUUCUUCGAGCUUGAUGUUGUGGUGCUCGGGUCACAUCUCAUUGAUGAUUAUGGCAACACCUACCGCAUGAUUGAGCAAGACGACUUCGACAUCCACACGCGUCUGCACACCAUUGUGAGGGGCGAGGACGAGGCGGCCAUGGUGGAGUCCGUGGGCCUCGCCUUGGUGAAGCUGCCCGACGUCCUCAACCGCCUCCGGCCCGACAUCAUGAUAGUGCACGGCGACAGGUUCGACGCGCUGGCCCUGGCCACGUCUGCAGCACUCAUGAAUAUCCGGAUCCUGCACAUCGAGGGUGGCGAGGUCAGCGGGACCAUAGACGACUCCAUCAGACACGCGAUCACCAAGCUGGCCCAUUACCACGUGUGCUGCACGCGGAGUGCAGAGCAGCACUUGAUCGCCAUGUGCGAAGAUCACGACCGCAUCCUGCUAGCAGGGUGCCCUUCCUAUGACAAGCUUCUCUCUGCCAAAAAUAAGGAUUACAUGAGUAUCAUACGCAUGUGGCUGGGUGAAGAUGUCAAGCCCCGGGACUACAUCGUAGCUCUGCAGCAUCCAGUAACCACAGAUAUCAAACAUUCCAUAAAGAUGUUCGAGCUGACGCUGGACGCACUCAUCUCCUUCAACAAGAGAACUCUUGUUCUAUUCCCUAAUGUGGAUGCUGGAAGCAAAGAGAUGGUGCGUGUGAUGAGGAAGAAGGGCAUUGAGCACCAUCCCAACUUCCGCGCCGUCAAGCACGUCCCGUUUGAGCAGUUCAUUCAGCUGGUGGCCCACGCUGGGUGCAUGAUCGGUAACAGCAGCUGUGGAGUCAGGGAGGUGGGAGCGUUUGGUACCCCUGUCAUCAACCUGGGCACCCGCCAGACCGGAAGAGAAACAGGUGAAAAUGUUCUUCAUGUCCGUGAUGCUGACACCCAGGAUAAGAUUCUGCACGCUUUGCAGCUUCAGUUUGGUAAACAGUAUCCCUGCUCAAAAAUAUAUGGGGAUGGUAAUGCUGUACCCAGGAUUCUGAAGUUCCUCAAAUCUAUUAACCUCAAAGAGCCACUGCAAAAGAAAUUCUGUUUUCCUCCUGUCAAAGAUAACAUCUCUCAAGACAUUGACCAUAUUCUGGAGACACAGAGUGCCUUGGCAGUGGAUCUAGGUGGAACAAACCUCCGUGUAGCAAUUGUCAGCAUGAAGGGUGAAAUAGUGAAGAAGUACACGCAGCUCAACCCCAAGACCUAUGAAGACAGGCUGGAAUUAAUCCUGAAGAUGUGUGUGGAGGCUGCCUCGGAGGCUGUCAAUGUGAACUGCCGGAUUUUGGGAGUGGGUAUCUCCACAGGGGGACGUGUCAAUCCCCGAGAGGGAAUUGUGCUUCACUCCACCAAGCUCAUCCAGGAGUGGAGCUGCGUGGACCUGAGGACACCGAUAUCCGAUGCUCUGCACCUGCCCGUGUGGGUGGACAACGACGGAAACUGCGCCGCGCUGGCCGAGAGGAAGUUUGGUCACGGCAAGGGCGUGGAGAACUUCGUAACGCUCAUCACGGGCACAGGAAUUGGAGGUGGAAUCAUUCAUCAGCACGAGCUGAUCCAUGGUAGCUCGUUCUGCGCUGCCGAACUUGGGCACAUUGUCGUGUCUUUGGAUGGGCCGGAGUGUCUCUGCGGGAGCCAAGGGUGUAUAGAAGCCUACGCCUCUGGAAUAGCCCUGCAGAGAGAAGCUAAGAAACUUCAUGAUGCGGAUCUGCUGCUCGUGGAGGGGAUGUCCAUGAAGGAGGAGGAGCCCGUGAGCGCCGCACACCUCAUUCAAGCCGCGCGGCUGGGCAACGCCAGAGCGGGCGGCAUCCUCCGCACAGCAGGGACAGCGCUGGGCCUUGGUGUCGUGAACAUCCUGCACACCAUGAACCCGUCCCUGGUGAUCCUGUCGGGGGUCCUGGCCAGCCACUACGUGAGCGCUGUCAGGGACGUGAUCCAUCGACAGGCGCUGUCCUCCGCCAAGGCUGUGGAUGUCGUGGUCUCAAAUCUCGCAGACCCGGCUCUCCUUGGAGCUGCCAGCCUGGUCCUGGACUACACGACACGCAGAACCUACUAGGUACCAGCAAGACACGCAGACGGACUCUGCAAUUUCCAGUGGGUGGAGGGGAUACCAAAUCCGGCAUUUUAACUUGACCAGAGCAGCUACUGAAUCAGUGUAGGGUUCCAAGUCGUGAGAGACAACUUCAGCAAUUCCUAAUUGAGGCGAUACCUUUUUGUAUUUUAUUCCUGAAUUUUGUCCAUAUUUUUAGGAAAUAAUGUGCAAUUCUGUUUUUUUUAAUCACCGCUCUUCGUGCAAGCCCCAGUGUUGUGUUAAGUGUAGUUGAAUUAUUUAUAAGCAUACUAUGAUGUAUUUUGGGUGUACAAAUGUACACCCAAGAUGUGGGAUGGUCUGUCAAAUUAUAGCUAAUGCUUCAGGUCUUGCAUCCUACUUCUCAUCUAUAUGAAAUGAAAUAUCUAAAAUGUGGGUAACUUUUCCCGUUCUGAGCUGCCACCCACAAUUAGCUGUGUAAUCACAAGUAGUAGUGCUAGAUUCAUUGGGUGGAAAGAGGUGUUGCCCCUGCAAACAAAAGGGCUGCAUCCAGAAGCUGCGGUUCAUGAAGUACCUCAAGUUAUUUGUGACAGCACCUGUAUAGGGCUGAAUCCCAUUUCAGGAGCUUGGUACAUGAAGGAAAAGGCAGCCUGUCGCC